AUGGUCAUUUCUAGGCAUGGGUUUCACCAAUUGAAAUUCCUUGAGCUCAGUACCCUGUAUGAUUUGGAGGAGAUAAAGGUGGAGAAAGGUGCAUUGCCACAGCUCCAGUGCCUGAGAAUCAGGAGCUGCCGCAGAUUAAAAAAGUUGCCGGAAGAGCUGAAGCACAUAUCUACUCUUGAUACGCUUGAGCUUGUGGACAUGCCAGAAGAUUUCAUCAGUGGGCUUGAUGCGGACCUGGUAUCCACUGUCCCUAACCUCAGAAUAUUUGACUCGCCGAAGGAAAGAAUGCAAUAA